GUCCCCGAGAGAUGAGUCGAGUCGGAUCCCGGUCCUCUGAGGCCUUUAUCGUAGCCUGCACAGAAGCCCCACAGCUUCCUGGGCUGCAGCUGCCGCUCUUCUGAGUCUGCAGCCAUCGUUUUGUAUUUUUCUCUCAUACGUGUGGCACCAAACUGCUGAGUGCAAGCCAGAAACAGUGAAGAGGGGAUACUCGCAGUCAUGAAGUACCAGGACUGGGUUCCUGGGCUGCGCAUAGGGAGCAGCCUGCUGCCCACCCUCACAAGAUCUUUGUAGUGCUCUGGAUCAAGACAACGCGAUGCUGCAAAAGGACAAGGAAGCUGUAGAGCAAAUGUUACAACGUGUAAAGAAAGAGAGAGAACUUCUUCAGAAAAAUCUCAAGCAAAAGCCUCCAAAUUAUGACAAGGUGGAUAUCUCUAUAGCACAGGAUGAGAAGAUCAGAUUGACACAGGAGAAGCAGAUGUUGGAAAACAAACUGGAAGAAAUGAGAAAGAGGAUCCUCAGGGAGGACCCGAUGAUGAUGCUGCAUGCCUUACCAGAGAGGAAGGUAGUGUUUAAGGGACUUGCAGCAGAUAAGGAGGACAUGAACAAGCUGGUGCUCACCCCUCUGAUCCGCUGUCCUCUGACAGGGGGCUCAGCUCUCAUCACCUUUGAGAAGGCAGAGGUGGCCCAGCGGGUGAUAGAGAUGAAAGAGCAUGUGGUGGAGCUGAGCCAUGGGGAGGACCCAGAAGACCUUGACCGGUGUCAAGUGCGAGUGCAGGCAGGUCCAGUGGACAUACUGCUGCCAUCUGCUCUGGAGAUUGGGCUCGCUCGAGGCAGCAGGAGUAUCCUGGUGUCCGGACUGCCCAGCCUGGGCAUCCCUGAGGACAUUCUACUGGACAAGCUGGAGCUCUUCUUCAGCAAGACAAAGAAUGGAGGCAGUGAGGUGGAGAGCAGGGAGUUCCUGGAUGACUGUGGCCAGGUGGUGCUGACCUUCACGCAGGAUGGAGUGGCUGAGCAGCUAAUCACUAGAGGGCAGGUCCAGGUGCCUAUUGGGAAAACAAAAUACAAACUCAAAAUAUCACCCUAUAUGAGAGGAAAUGUCACCAACUUGCAGCUGCAGCCCUCCCGCUGCACCAGGACCGUUCUGCUCUCGGGGAUCCCAGAUGUGCUGGCUGAGGAGCCCAUGAGGGAUGCGCUGGAAAUCCAUUUCCAGAAGGACAGCCGUGGUGGUGGAGAGGUGGACGUCCUCGGCUAUGUCCCAGCUGGGCGCCGGGCAGUGGCUGUGUUCAGGGAGGAUGUGGGCUAGCCCUGACCAGCACUGUAAGCCUGGCUCAUCGGGAAUUCAGUGUGUGAAUUAAAGAGGCCUGCACGGAGCUCUGUGUCUGUCGUGCUCGGGACUGCCUGGGACAGGGCCGGGACGAUGAAUGGAGGGAGAGCCACGGGGAAAGCCGCGUCCC